CCUGCCCUAAUUACAGCUAAGUUGCCUAUUAACCCAGUCCCCCAUGCAGCACAGUUAACCCCUGCAGUAGCUAACAGCAGCUCCGACGUAACCAGCACAGACCCCCUCACGUCCAAUUGUCCCCCACCAGCCGGGAGCCUCCAGGGCCCUGAUAAUUCCUUCCCAGAGAUCACCCACAGCCUGGCUGAAGAGACUGCCUUACCAGAGCCACAGCUUGCUGGGGCAAGAGUGGUGGUAUCUACAAGGACCUAUGCUGACUUUACCCCUCAGGCCACCUUUGAUAUUAAGAAAUGUGACUUGCACAAGCUGGAGGAGGGCCCACCACUGCAGGCUACGCUUACAAGAGAGGAGGGGCUUCAGUACUACCGCACAAUGCAGACAAUUAGACGCAUGGAGCUCAAAGCCGAUCAGCUCUACAAGCAGAAGAUUAUCAGAGGCUUCUGUCACCUUUAUGAUGGACAGGAAGCGUGUGCAGUGGGUAUUGAGGGAGGUAUUAAUCUAUCAGAUCAUCUCAUCACAGCCUACCGUGCCCAUGGGUACACUCUCACUAGAGGCGGCACCGUUCGUGAGAUCAUGGCCGAGCUCACUGGUCGUCGAGGAGGUAUUGCCAAAGGAAAGGGAGGGUCUAUGCACAUGUACACUAAACAUUUUUAUGGAGGAAAUGGAAUUGUGGGAGCUCAGGUGCCACUUGGGGCAGGUGUAGCGUUGGCCUGCAAAUACCAGGGCAAUAAUGAGCUGUGUGUCUGUCUCUAUGGUGAUGGUGCUGCAAAUCAGGGUCAGAUCUUUGAGACGUAUAAUAUGGCAUCACUGUGGAAGCUGCCCUGCAUUUUCAUUUGCGAGAAUAACAAAUAUGGCAUGGGUACUUCUGUGGAGAGAGCGUCUGCUAGCACCGACUACUACAAGAGAGGCGAUUUCAUCCCUGGUCUGAGGGUGGAUGGCAUGGAUGUCCUUUGUGUGAGGGAGGCCACCAAAUUUGCUGCUGAACACUGCAGAUCAGGAAAGGGUCCAAUUCUGAUGGAGCUGCAGACCUAUCGUUACCAUGGACACAGUAUGAGUGACCCAGGAGUCAGUUACCGAACACGUGAGGAGAUCCAGGAGGUGCGCAGUAAGAGCGACCCCAUCUCACUGCUGAAGGAUCGCAUGCUGAGCAACAACAUGGCCAGUGUGGAGGAACUUAAGGAGAUUGAUGUUGAAGUAAGGAAGGAGAUUGAGGAUGGCGCUCAGUUUUCCACCACAGACCCUGAGCCUCCACUGGACGAUCUUUGCAACCACAUCUUCUUCAAUAACCCACCUUUGGAAGUGCGUGGCACCAACCCCUGGACCAAACUCAAGUCCGUCAGCUAAAUCGCCUUCCUUAUCAUCCCAAGUCCCCUCCACUUCCUACCAGUUGACCCUCUCUUGAAGCGCACAGCAAAAAUUGUCACCUCCAAUAUGGCUAUAGGUUUCAUAGACAGUUGUUGGGAAACUCAGCCACAUUGAGACAAGUUGCCUCAUUUUACAUUUUAUCAUUACCUUGUUUUCUUGUUGUCUCCAUCAGUUACAAUACUGACCUUCACUAUACAUUUUAAAAGGUUUCAAUACUAAACAAAAAAUGCUAUAUUUUUUCUCACAUAACAUCUCAGAAAUAGCAUGUAAUGUGAAUAAACAUGGUGGUAUUUGGCUUAUAAUUAUUGGUACUUUCCAAAUGUUUCCAGUGCAACUAUUGCCUAUACCCAGUGCCCACGCAAUGACAGCAUUUACCUAGUGUCCAUGGCAUGCAUCAGAAACACCUCCCAUCGUUGCUCUGUGCAGUCAUUACAGACAUGCGCUCAUACACACACACACUUUAUGUAUCAGCAGAACGUGUUUUGGCCGAGGUGUCAGUGAAAUGCAAGUCUUGCAGUCCUAACUUGACAAAACAUUUUAAGGGAAAAUGUAUUAACAUUGAUAAAAUGUAAAUCUGUUAGAAGGCCAUACUACAAAAUCUUUGUGUAAUAUUCAUGGGGUGUAAAAUGGGAUUUUUUCUUUUCUGUCAUAUCUAAACACUAGUUUAAGUGUUUAAAUACAAAAAGUAGAAUGGGAAAAGGUUAAUAAGUUCUUACAUUUGCUUUAACUCUCCUUAACUUUUAUUUAAAACAGGGUUUUGUUGUCACAUAUUUAUUAUAAAAAAAUGCUUUUGUUACAAACAGCGUUACAGGGGGUAUAACUUCAAAUUUGACGAUUCCAGUUUAUUAAUGGUUGUAUUAAUAGAAUGUUAAUUUAAAAUCACUCAGAAUUGGGAAAGUAAUAAUUGUUUCAAUAGAUGAUAGGAUGCUGUUGAGCUAUUGAAGGGGGCAUUAGGGACACAGGUUAAACAAUUAUGAAGUGUUGACCAGCAGGAUGAGUC